AUGAAGCAAGGCGUUCGAUCCAAUUUCGUAUUUUCUUCCAUACGCUUCGUUACAGAUUCUUUCAUAGAUUGGAGGAUAUUUGGGAUUUUGGGUUCUAAAGCAAAUCUCAAACUUCGGCCAUUUAGCUACUCAAAUAAGAUUUUGAUCUUGUUUUUACAUCCGAAUGGACUGCAAGACAUUCAUCCACAGAAGCUCGAAGCUGCCAUUGAAGCAAACGAAAAAAAGUCAAAGAUUUCAAAGCAUAAAAGAAGAUCAUCCGAAACUGAUAGUGACACUGAAAGUGAUAAUGUCAGAAAGUCAAGAAGAAUGAGUCAACACAAGAAACAUAAGAGAGAUAAGAAAGAUAAAAGAUCGAAACGAAAACUUAAAAGGAGAUCUUCUAGUUCAAGUGAUGAAAGUGAAAGUGAGUCUGAAAGUGAAAUCGAGGAACGAAGGAAGAGAAGACACUCAAAGCAUCAUCAUCAUCAUCAUCAUCAUCACCAUCAUCAUGAUAAUAAACGACAUAGGCGAAUGGAGUCUAGUGAUUCGGAUUCUUCUAGCUUUGAUGAUGAUGAUGUUAAAAGACAUGAAAGGAAGCACCAUAAGCAUCAUCAUCAUAGGAGAUCAAAUAGCCGUGAAUUGAAGUCAUCUGAUGAUAACAAGGAUCAUCAUCAUCAUCAUGAUCAUGGCCAUGAUUGUAAAGAUGAUUUGAAUGAAGGAUAUGAUGGGAAUAACAACCUCCUGAAUGGAAUUGAGGUGAAUGGAGGGAAUCUGAAUGCUGAAACUGAAAGUGAUGGAAUUGAAGAGGGUCAAAUUGUGUAG